GACGCGCCGUCGGUGGUUAAUGCCGGCGCUGAUUGGCUAACACCCUUUCACGUUUAGAGAGAUUGUCAGUCAGCUGGAGCUCAAGUAAAACAACACAGUACUUGUUUUUAUCUUUCAGGGGCUUUUGAACUAGAGACAUUUUUUCUUGCUGCGUUUAUGGCACCUUUAAUACAUUACUAAACGGCCCGUGGAACAUUCUGUUACGGAGAGAAAAGCGUGAAUGUAGCGUUGUUAUCGUCACCCCAAUUUUUAACGAUAGCUCCUGACGCCUUUUCCCAGGAGAAGCCCGGUGCCCUGUUUUGUUGUCUGGAGCGCCGUGUUGUGGCUGAGAAAGCUCUCGGUGGUCCGUGAUUGUUGCUGCCAGGCGGGCCGACGCUAGGAGCGUGGGGGAACAUAGCGGCGUGUGUCUGGUGAGGAGAUGUCAGAGCGGGGAUGCCUCUUUUUGGAGACAGUUUUGUAGGCGAGGGUAUACGCGAGUGUACACAGUAUACCUCCCGCUGGGACUUGGCGUGCAAACCAGCGGAGCGACGUUUCAGCAUAACUAGCAGUGACACAUAUAUGGAUGGUGGGGUCGCAGUAUGCCCACCCCCUCGAGUACCACUACAUCACCGGCUGGAGGGAGAAGCAAUACCGGGGGAGAGGAAGAGGGGCCCAUGUCCGCAGCUUCUACCUCCUCCAUCGGCUCAUCUUUCCGGUUCGUCCCAGCCUUCUGCCUGGGCGUGGUGGCAGCAGUAGUAUUUCAGCUGGCAUGGGGAGGCCUGUCUCUCACCUCGUUCUUCUUAAAGCUCUUCAUCUAUGUGUCAUUCGCCCUCCUGUGUUUCCUGGCUGGGAGCUUUGCCCUGCUGGUCAGGAAGAGUCCUCUCAAAGUCAGCUGCUUUAACCGGAGCAGGAGGCAGCCUUCUGAAUGGCUGGAGUUCUUCAACAAGCUCAUGGUUCGUUUUUUGGUGCCAGUUCAGGAGUCGAGCCAGAGCAGGAGGGUGGUGGUGUCGCACAAUGUGGACAAAACCCUGAAGGAAGUGUUUGACUAUGCCUACAGAGACUAUAUCCUGUCCUGGUACAUUCCUUUAAGUCAUGAUGAAGGCCAGUUGUACUCCAUGCUGUCAGAGGACUGGUGGCAGAUGAUCGGGCAGUUGAGAUCCAGGCUUGCUGAGAUCGACCUCGUCAACGUAGUGUGUUAUGACAGCAUCCGGAUUCUACACACACACUUCACCGACCUCAAAGCUGCAUCUGCAAGACCAGAGGAAGUGGCUCGGCCGUUUUCUCUCCAUCCCUGUUUGGUCAGUCCGGAAUCGGAGCUGGCCUUCCUCCGCUGUGUAGCCAGAAUACUACUGCUAUGUCUGCUGCCACAAAAGGAUGCCAAGUCGCACACACUACGCUGCUGUCUCACUGAAGUCAUCACUACUAAAGUCCUGAAGCCGUUGGUAGAGGUACUCAGCGAUCCAGAUUCCAUAAACAGGAUGUUGUUGUCUCAGCUGGAAAAGAGGGAGCAGCAGGCUGAGCAGCAGAAGAAAGCCUACACCUACGCUGCCUCUUAUGAAGACUUUAUCAAACUGAUAUCAACUUCUACUGAUGUCAAUUUCCUCAAGCAACUCAGGUAUCAGAUUGUGGUAGAGAUUAUUCAUGCCACCACCAUCAGCAGCCUGCCUCAGCUCAAGAAGCAGAAAGAGAAAAAAGGUAAAGAGUCAGCAGCCAUGAAGGCCGACCUGCUGAGAGCCAGAGAUAUGAAAAGAUAUAUCAAUCAGCUGACUGUUGCUAAGAAACAAUGUGAAAAAAGGAUCCGCCUCCUUGGAGGGCCAAACUAUGAGAAUAGUGAGGAAGGAGGGGCCGAUGACAACGACGAGCCUCAAAGCCAGAAGAUCAGUGUCUCAUUUUAUUAUGCGUCACAGAAAUCUGUGGUUCUAACUUCAUCAAGAGCAUUUGUCCUUCCUUUUUACAUCAGCGUAUUUUUAUCUUUGUGCGUGUGUUCUCCAGUCCUGAAGCCGUUGGUAGAGGUACUCAGCGAUCCAGAUUCCAUAAACAGGAUGUUGUUGUCUCAGCUGGAAAAGAGGGAGCAGCAGGCUGAGCAGCAGAAGAAAGCCUACACCUACGCUGCCUCUUAUGAAGACUUUAUCAAACUGAUAUCAACUUCUACUGAUGUCAAUUUCCUCAAGCAACUCAGGUAUCAGAUUGUGGUAGAGAUUAUUCAUGCCACCACCAUCAGCAGCCUGCCUCAGCUCAAGAAGCAGAAAGAGAAAAAAGGUAAAGAGUCAGCAGCCAUGAAGGCCGACCUGCUGAGAGCCAGAGAUAUGAAAAGAUAUAUCAAUCAGCUGACUGUUGCUAAGAAACAAUGUGAAAAAAGGAUCCGCCUCCUUGGAGGGCCAAACUAUGAGAAUAGUGAGGAAGGAGGGGCCGAUGACAACGACGAGCCUCAAAGCCAGAAGAUUCUCCAGUUUGAUGACAUCCUGUGUAAUCCAAGUUACAGGGAUCAUUUCAGAGUUUACAUGGAGAGAGUAGAUAAGAGAGCUCUGAUAAGCUUCUGGGAACUGGUGGAAACACUGAAAACUGCCAACAAGGUAACGGCUGCACACAUUCUAGAGAUUUUUACCCCAACACUUCUUCUAUUUUUUUUUUUCUUUUACUCACUUGGGAAUAUUGUUUUUAUAUUCUUUUUUCUUUUCUUCUUCUUUUUUUUUAAAAGUAUAUUCUUUACUUUAAAAAAGUGUCACCUUUUGAUAUCAGAUUCUUUUCGAUACGCCCUGUAUGGAUACUACAUCUGUCCAUUUUGGGGUUGGGUUUUUUUUUUUUUUUUUGUAAAUUCCCAAGUAAGCUCUCUCCAGAGUAAAGAGGUGGUGGUUUAUUGUGUAUGUUUGUGUGCAUUUCAGGCUGCAGAGGAAGGUGGUGAGACUGUAGCUUGUUACAGUGUGUUUGUUAACCUGGUGGAAGGAGAAGAAACAGCCAACAGUCGCUGGAGCGUCCAGAGGAAACUUACUGAAUUCCAAAUGUUGCACCGCAAACUUACAGAGUGUUUUCCAUCACUGAAGAAACUCCAGUUACCAUCACUCAGUAAACUUCCCUUCAAAUCUAUUGACCAGAAGUUUUUGGACAAAAGCAAAACACAACUCAACACUUUUCUCCAGCGUCUCCUAACAGAUGAGCGGUUGUGCCAGUCAGAGGCUCUCUAUGCUUUCCUCAGCCCGUCUCCAGAACAUCUGAAGGUGAUGUCUAUUCAGAAGAAAUCCUCUUUCUCACUGGCCUCCUUCCUGGAGAGGUUACCUGGAGAUUUUUUCUCCCAUACUGAGGAAGAUGGCGAUGACGACAGUGACUUGUCAGACUACGAUGAAACAGACGGGCGGAAAGAUGCUCUGGCUGAACCCUGCUUCAUGCUCAUAGGAGAGAUCUUUGAACUCAGAGGAAUGUUUAAGUGGGUGAGGAAGACUUUAAUUGCACUAGUCCAGGUGACAUUUGGACGAACUAUCAACAAACAGAUCCGGGACACUGUAAACUGGAUCUUCUGUGAACAGAUGUUGGUGUGCUACAUCAGUGUGUUCAGGGACACCUUCUGGCCUGAUGGCAAGCUGGCGCCACAUAUCAAAGCCCGAACGGACUAUGAACGCACUGAGACCAAGGAGCGCGCUCAGCAGAAACUACUUGACAACAUCCCAGAUGCACUCACAAAUCUAGUUGGCCAGCAGAAUGCCCGCUACGGUAUCAUCAAGAUCUUCAGUGCUCUGCAGGAGGCCAAUGCCAAUAAGCACCUUCUCUAUGUAUUGAUGGAAAUGUUACUAAAGGAGCUGUGUCCUGAGCUCAGGGCUGAGGUGGACAGUAUCUGAACACAUGCAUGAGAAUGAGGAUCGGCUGGUUCGUCUUUCAGGCCUUUCUGUAGCUGACCAAUCACAAACUGCCAAGCCAGACAGGGAGAGGGCCAUUGGGUGAAUCCUCAGACAGAAAGCAAGCUGCGUUGGUCAGAGUUGAGAUGCACGCAGACUCUGUUCAAAGAAAUUUGCUGUGAACCGGUGAAAAGCUGGCCUGACACUCUCCUGACAAAGCUGCUGACAGAAGGGUGCAUCUCUAAACCUGCGUUUGGACGGGGAGAAACCACAGGGACUUCUUCCUAUCUAGACUGCAGUCUGAUGAGACUGAUCACAGAAGAACAAAGUGUAUUUUUGACUUAAGUAACUCACAUCUGUGUUUUUCUUUUAAAAAUAAUUAUAAUUCUUUCACUAGCACUGACAUUCAGCAUCUGUGCCAGAACAGACUGAAAUGAAAUGUUUUGCUCAAAUGUAAAUGAUGGUGGUUUGGUCGACAACUUCUUUGUUACAUCUUUAAUUUUUAGAGUAGAUAAUCGACUGACUUGACUAAAGACAAAAAAAGACAGCUGACAGUCAGACUCGCUGUUGCCCUCUAGAGGCGACCGCUGUGAGUCCCAGCCCACGGACCUCUGAACAUUCCUUCUACACACAACCUGAGCAACACUUGUUCUGUGAUUCUUGUAAUAAGGCUUAUAAUUGUGCAAUAUAAUGUAAUGUAAAAGUCAUUGUGAUGAUUUUAUUUAUGAUUUAUUAUUGAUAGAUUUUAUUUUUACCAAAAAUUGUUUAGAGAGCAUUUAUAUAAGCAAUAAAUUGCAAACAAAAAGCU